AUGGUGGAUUUCAGAUGGAAUUCUCGGGGUCUGAGAUCCGUGAUCGUGGUUCUCGUCAAUUUCGCGUUAGCUUUUGCUUUCGUCUCCGCCGAGAGAAGCUUCAAAGGAAAAUCUCUCCUCAAAAUUGAUUCCGAAACGCGGGAAAGUGAUGACGAAUCCAGUUUCUUCCUCAACGCCGUGAAUUCUCUCUGGGAAUCUGGUCAAACUGGUUAUCAUCAUUUCUGGCCUGAAUAUGAGUUUGACUGGAGAAUUGUUGCGGGCACUCUCGUCGGAUUCUUCGGAGCUGCGUUUGGUAGCGUAGGAGGUGUUGGUGGAGGUGGAAUCUUCGUGCCAAUGCUAAGUUUGAUCAUUGGGUUUGAUCCAAAAUCAGCCACAGCUCUGUCCAAAUGUAUGAUCAUGGGCGCUGCUGUGUCAACUGUGUAUUACAAUCUUAAACUGAGGCAUCCCACGAUUGACAUGCCGAUCAUCGACUACGAUCUCGCGCUUCUGAUACAGCCGAUGCUGAUGCUAGGGAUCAGUAUUGGUGUUGCUUUCAAUGUCAUUUUUCCUGAUUGGAUGGUUACAGUUCUUCUCAUCAUACUCUUUCUCGGAACAUCAACAAAGGCGUUUCUGAAAGGUGUUGAGACUUGGAAUAAAGAAACUAUAGAGAAAAAGGAAGCUGCGAAGCGUUUAGAGUCAAACGGUGUAUCUGGGGAAGAAGUUGAAUACCAUCCUCUUCCCGCAGCUCCGGGCACGAACAAUGGAAACAGCAAGAAAGAAGAAGUAAGUAUUCUUGAAAAUGUAUACUGGAAGGAACUCGGGCUUCUCGUUUUCGUAUGGGUUGUAUUCUUGGCACUGCAGAUCAUUAAGCAAAAUUUGGCUAAUUGUUCAGUAGCAUAUUGGGUCAUAAACUUGCUACAGAUUCCUGUUGCAGUUGGUGUAUCAGGCUAUGAAGCAGUAGCUUUGUACCAAGGUAGAAGAAUCAUUGCAUCUAAAGGACAAGGAGGCUCGGAUUUCACCGUUGGUCAGCUCGUUAUGUACUGUACAUUUGGUGUAUUGGCGGGUGUAGUCGGUGGUUUACUUGGUUUAGGUGGAGGUUUCAUUAUGGGUCCAUUGUUUCUAGAGCUCGGUGUCCCUCCACAGGUCUCAAGUGCAACGGCUACUUUUGCAAUGACCUUCUCUUCAUCAAUGUCUGUUAUAGAAUACUAUCUUCUUAAACGGUUCCCUGUUCCAUAUGCUCUGUACCUAGUGGCAGUGGCAACAAUUGCAGCUUUUGUUGGACAGCAUGUAGUCAGGAGGCUAAUCACAGUCCUCGGCCGGGCGUCUCUCAUCAUCUUCAUCCUCGCAUCUAUGAUCUUUAUCAGCGCGAUUUCGCUUGGUGGUGUGGGAAUAGUGAACAUGAUUGGUAAAAUCCAACGGCACGAGUACAUGGGUUUCGAGAACCUUUGCAAGUACGGUGGUUGA